CUAAUUUAGACCGUUUGUUUGUAAUGAUGAUUAUUGAUUAGGAAUCAACUUUUAUUAUCGUCUGGUAAUUAGGAGUCCUGCCACCACACGGCGAUGGAUGUCUCCGCAGCACCCAAUUGUUUUUUCUUUAGCAACUGAUGAAUUGUGGUAGAAAUAGUACUGCCACCAGCUAACGCUCUCUCUCUCUCAACACUGACGCAGCAACUACGCCCUCUCUCACUCUCUUUCUCUCUCUCUAUACCUAUGAGAAUUGAAUGUAUCUAUAUGCGCAUGUGAGUUCUUAGAAAAAUAUCUGAAACGGGUGAGGAGCAAUUGAACUGAGAGAGAGAGAGAGAGAUGAUUAGGGAAAAAAUGUUCAGGUUGCACAGGCACAAAUCAUCAUCUAAUAUUAAGUCUGGAGAGCGAAUCAAUUUCGUCUUCUCCAACAUUCAGGCUCUUCAGGUACCCAAAGGAUGGGACAGGCUUUACGUGUCUCUUCUCUCCACUGAAACAGGGAAAACAGCCAAUAAAUCAGGGAAAGCAUAUGUGCGGAAUGGAACUUGUCAAUGGACAGAGACUUUGUCCGAGUCUAUCUUUAUUUCACAAGAUGAAACUCCGAAGGAAGUUCAGCAGUACUUCUACAAGCUUGUUGUUGGAAUGGGUUCAGCUAGAACCAGUAUCCUUGGAGAGGCUACCGUUAAUCUGGCAGGUUAUAUGGGUUCAAGAGCUUCCAUUCCUGUUUCAUUACCUUUGAAAAAGUGCAACCAUGGGACAACUUUACAAGUUGAGAUUCAGUGCCUAACACCAAGAAUAAAACACGGGGAUGAAAAAUGGAAUCAUUCAAAUUCAUGUACUGAAGAUGCAAAUUCAGAUUACGAUGAUGUGGACAAUAAAUCUGAGGUGUCUCUUGGAGGAUCUUCCUCUAGUAACCAUUUGGAUGGUACUUCUCAUCCAGGGGAUCUUGGUAGCAGGGAGACAAGUUUUUCAGCAUCAGGCUCUCGUUAUAGCUUUGACUCCAUAGAAGGUUCCUUAGGAAGGGAAAGCAUGUCCCCUCAAAAUAGUACAAGUGGGAUUAUCAAACAUGUAGUUGGAAGACAUGAUUCAGGUUCAGGAAGGCAUCCUAAUCAAAGAGAAGAAUUUGGACAAAUCUCUCAUGGUAUUAUGGCAUCGCCCUUGCAAAAUUCUGGUUCCUCUGCGAAUACUAUGGAAUCUGAAGUAACCGCAAUGGAAGAACUUAAGGCAGAAGCUAGGAUGUGGGAACGAAAUGCUCGUAAGUUAAUGCUUGAUCACGAAUUAUUGAUGAAGGAAUUUUCUGACCAGUCAAAACAACUUGCAAAUCUUGAAGUCGAGCUUUCUGCAUCACGAAGAGAAUGUGAUGGGCUCAAGAAGGAAAUUGAGCACUUGAAAGUACUCCUAGAGAAAUCCAUGGACAAACAAAAAACAAUUGACAAUUUCAAGUUUCAACCCACAGAUGUGGGUGACAUUCAAAAAGUAUUGGAAGAUGAAAUAAAGUUUCAGAAAGAGUCGAACCAUGACAUAGCUCUACAGCUGAAGAAAACACAGGAAUCAAACCUUGAGCUUGUUUCCAUUCUCCAGGAAAUGGAAGAAACAAUAGAAAAUCAAAAAGAGGAGAUAAAGAAGCUGAAAUCUAAAUUUGAACAUUCAGGGAGUUUUGGGCAGGAGGGCAAUGGAGAAGUAAAUUCAAGAGAGGAAGUUUCAGCAGAGAAAAUGAGGAAGGCCUCUUGUGAUUCAGAUUUGGAAGGUAGCACUGUGGAACACCCAAUAACUGAGUUGCAUGCCGAGUUUGAACAAGAGGACAACUGGAGUUUAGAACUACAACAGUUGAGGGAAUCACAAAAGAAUUUGGAAAGUACCAUCCUUUCCUUAGAAAAGGCCCUGGAGGGAAAAAACCUUGAGAUAGUAACUGAACAAAACCUAAGGACUCAAACUCUACAGGAUUGUGAAGAGGAAUGGAGAUGUAAAUUUACUGCAAAAGAGGAAGAACUCUUUAACUUGGAAGAAAAAUUGUCAAAAGCUCUCAUUGAGAGAGAUUCAGAAGUAGCAAAUUUUGAAAGUAAAGAUGAUCUCUGUUUAAUCAAAGAGAUUGAAGCUCUGAAGGAAAAGGUUCAGGAGCUUGAGAGAGAUUGCAAUGAGCUUACAGAUGAGAACUUGGAACUUCUGCUUAAGCUAAAAGAAGACACAAAGACUCCUCCAACAAAAAGUGUCUAUAUCAAAUCUUCGCCCAACGAUUGUCCAUCUCAUAGAUCACCUGUUGCUUCUGAAAUCGAAGUAAGCGAAUUUAAGUACCAAAUGUGUCAGUUUGAUGAGGAGAUAAAGAAUGAGGAAAUCCCUAUUCAAGGUGUUGCCACAAAGUUUCAGAAUUCUGAAUCACAAACUGCCAUUGAUAAGUUUGAACUGCUCCCUGCAUUGUUUGAACAGCUCCAACUUCUCCUAGUGAAUGUCAAGAAGCAACAGCAGAGUCCUUAUUCACCUCUAGCUUUAAAGUGCACAUAUGCCGUCAAAAACUCGUAUAGUUUGAAAUGUACAGAUUUGACUACUCGAAAAGAUAUCGAGGAAGCUGCGUUGGACAACUUGGUUCAGCUGAAUAAAUUGUUUGGAGCAAAAGUAACUCUGUGCGAUGAUUCUUACAGGUCCACAAGUGCUGUUGAAGUACAAAAUAAACUGGAGGCUGACAAUUUGGAAGACAAUACAAUUUGUGCGUGUAGUCAAGGAAUCAACUGUUUAAAUAAGGAACUGGAAUCCACAAUUGCAGAUCUGAGGAAAGAAUUAGUGGGCAAAAAUUCUCUGAUAGAAAAGCUUAAUGUCAACCAUUUGCUGAAAGAAGAAGAGAUUGGAGAUUCAAGACGUUGUCAAAGGGACUUGGAAACUCAUAUUUCUGAUCUUCAAAAGAUAAUUGAACAGAUGGAAGAAAAUAUGGAAGUCAUGCAAAGACAGAGUACUGUUACCUCGAAAUGCUUGGACAAUUUGAAAAAUGAUUUGAUGGUGCAAAGCAGUAGCAUGGAAUCCCACAUUUCCAACAAGAAGGUACUUGAAAGGAAAUCACUGGAGCUAGAAAGUACCAAAUGUGAGUUAGAACUCCAAGUAUCUGAACUAGAAGAAGAAAAUGUGCUUUUAUCCGGACGGAUAUCUGGUUUGGAAGCUCAGUUGAGAUACUUAACCGAUACCAGGGAGGCAAGUCGGUUAGAAUUGCAGCAUUCAGAAUCACAUGUUAAGAAUCUCAAGGAUGAUAUAGGAAGAUUGGAAUACGAAAUGGAGGCACAAAAGGCUUGUAUGAAACAGAAGACAGAGGACAUGCAAAAGCGGUGGUUAGAGGCUCAAGAAGAGUGCGAGUAUCUGAAAAAAGCAAAUCCAAAAUUGCAAGCAACUGCAGAAAGUUUGAUUGAAGAAUGCAGUUCACUCCAGAAAUCAAAUAUAGAGCUAAGGCAGCAAAAGAUCGAAUUGCAAGAGUAUUGCACAGUCUUGGAGGUGGACCUCAAGGAAUUGCGAAGUAGAUUCUCUGACUGCUCAAAAGAGAUUGAAUCUUUAGAAGCAAAAUUUUCUGCAAUUGUGGAGGAAAUGUACUCAAAAGAGAAAAUCUUGAAUUCAGAACUCGAUGCUAUCUAUCAACAAAACAAAGAAUAUGAGAAACUUGUUCACACGGAGGGCUUUUUUAAUGAAACUUCCUCAGAUAAGUCUGCUGAAGUUCAACAUCUUCAAGAAUUUCAAGGGAAUUUCAAGUUGUCUCAGAACAAGGUCGAAAUCAUACAGGUGGAUUGUGAAACAAAUAUACUAGCUCUGAUGACUGAGCUUGCGGCUUCCAAAGAAAACCAUGAAACUCUGGUCACUAACCAUGAAAAGCUCCUGGGGCUGUUGGAAGAUGUCAGAUCUAAUGAAGAGAAACUCAAAGGCAUCAUUGACAAGCUUGAAGCAGACCUGAAAUCAUCUGAACAAGAAAGACUACAACUCGCUGAAGAAAUUUCCUCCCUGAAAACACAAUUGCAGAAAGUACCAACUCUUCAGGAUGAAGUUCUGUCCCUUAAGGGUUCACUCUAUGGGACAAAAUUUGAAAAUGAAAGGCUGCAGACCUCAUUAGACUUAUUAUCUGGUGAUUUUGAAGAAUUGAAGACCGAUAGAAUCAAUCUUCUUCAGAAAAUCUCUAGCAUGCAGAAAGCCAUCUCGGAAUUGGAGAACUGCAGACGAAGUAAGGUGGCCUUAGAGGAAAAGAUUUUGCGUAUGGAGGGGGAUUUAACUGCAAGUCAAGCGUUAUGCUCCCAGGACGCUGAGCUGAAAAAUGAGCUUGGCCGAAUUAAGAGAGUGAACAGCCAAUUUCAGUGGAAGGUAAAGCAACUUGAAGAAGAGAAGCAAGAGUGGCUCCAGAAAGCUAAAGCCCUAGAACAGGAGCUGAAGCAGAAUAAUGAAGUAAAACAGGAACAAGUUGGGCCCAGUAGUAACCCUUUCCUUGUAGACCCUGGAUCAUGUGGUACAAAUGAUUGUAUCGACGAAGACUGCGAGCACUCGGAGAAAAGUGAAGAGGCUAACUUCUUCCAAUUAAGCAAAGAUCAAUCAGAGGAUUCAGAGCUAUGCACAGGGACUGAUCAAGUACAAAUUUUAGAAGAUGGAGGAAUGGUUCGGCACCAAAGACAGGACAAUAAUGGACAACAUGCUAAUGCUGCAAGUUCUCCCAAGAUAGCAGUUGAUACAGUGUCAAGAAUUACAUAUCUUGAGAGUGAACUUGCUGAGGCCUUGGAGGCUAAUAACAUGUAUAGAGCGCAACUGAAGAGUUUUCUGUUGGGGACGCAAGUUGAUCAUUCCGAUACUCAUGAGAACCUUGAAGCCGAAAAUUAUGCAAACAACAAAGAAGAAAAGAAGCAGAAGGCAGAUUUGCUGGAGGCAGAAUUGAGAGAAAUUCGUGAAAGAUACUUGGAGAUGAGCCUCAGAUAUGCAGAGGUAGAGGCUCAGCGGGAGCAACUUGUUAUGAAGCUCAAGACUGUAAAUAGUGGGAAGAGGUGGUUUUCAUAAAGAUGGGAAGUUUUGUGUUAUUAGCAUAAAUACCUAACCAAUUCUUUCCUUCACUUUUUUCCAGAUUCAUAGUCCUGUAACGACUUGCAUUCUUUUAACAAAAGAAAUAUCUUCCCACCAUAA